CUCUGGGGGUCUUUUGCCAAAACCAUGAGAGAUAUUCGUGAUUUGUGAUUCACACGACAACAGGACAAACAUUUCUCUGGAACUCGCCUUCAAAGCAUCUCAUAGUCAAACAAAUCAUGGCGUCAUCAACACCCUCCAAGCCAAAAUGGGCAACAGUCAAGACAACUUUGCCUGUUCGUCCGUUGCCGCUCAACUCUACGCGGGCUCCAGUCGCAACUGAUCGCUUAAUCAUCCGGGCUCUGGUUGCCGAAGACCUCGAAAGCCUGAACGUGAUCCGCUCACAGCCCGAGGUCAUGAUCAACACGCCCCAGGGAAGACCCGACAUAGAUAUUGACGAAACUCGGCCAAAGCUCGAUUUUUUCCUACCGCCAAAGGACGGGGCACACUACAACUUUGCCAUCUGCCUCAAAGAAACCGGCGAAAUGAUUGGCAUCGGCGGCUGCCACCAGCUGAAAUCCAUCUUUGGCUGGCCUGCUAUGGGCUACAUGUUUCGCAAAGACGCCUGGGGCAAGGGAUACGCGACCGAGUUUACCAAGGGGUGGCUGGACAUGUGGUGCAAGCUGCCCCGAGAAGAGGCUGAAAUCGAAGUGGAUCAACGCAGCUUUUCCGAGGGAGAUGAGCAGCCGCUGGAGAUCAUGACGGCGUUUACGUCGGCGGAAAACCUUGCCAGCCAAAACGUCCUUACUAAGUCUGGGUUCGAGCGAUUUUUGGACUGGGAGGAUGCUGAUUUGCGAAAUCCGGAUAGCCAGAUCACUUUGAUCGCGUACAGAUAUUUUCCGAGCAAGCACCUAGCAAACUGAGGACACGGGGGAUUUUUUGCAAGGCGAUUGUAUGUUGAGAGAGAUGGUUGUAGACGAAUAGAUUCCAGCAAGUUGACGGCUUUAGCCUCAGAAUUCCAUGUCUGUUCUUGAAGCCCUUAAGCAUACUGAGAGUGAUGUCGUGUGACGCCUCAGAUCAACCAGACGGCUGCCAUGGACUCGUCCACUUGCAGUCUGAUAGCUCAUCGUUUGGUUGUUUCGACCAACACUUGUACAGUUAUCCCUGACUUUGCUGCGGAGUCAGAACUGUAAACCGGUAAGCACCUUGAAGCACAAAGUUUUUUUGCUCAACCGGCUUCACACUGUCCAUCGGCCCCACAAACCCUCGGACAUACUGUCCGUCCACCCAACUCUUCGUCCCUGAAUCUCCAC